AGAAAAAGACUCAGUCUAUCAGAAGAAGACUCAGUCUAUCAGUAGAUCACUCAGUCUAUCAGAAGAAGACUCAGUCUAUCAGUAGAUCACUCAGUCUAUCAGAAGAAGACUCAGUCUAUCCAGUAUGUCAUUCAUAAAAAAGCUCCCGGUUUUAACCAUAAUUCUCUUGGGCAUAAAAUGUCAUGCCACGUCAACCGAAGACACCCCAAAGGUGGUCCUCCACCAGGGCACAAUCACAGGGUCCAGGCAUACCCUUGGGAAGGGCGGGCACUACUUUGCCUUCAGGAGUAUUCCCUACGCUCAGCCGCCUGUUGGAGAACUCAGAUUCCGGGACCCCAUCCCAGCGGGCAACUGGUCACAAGCAAGAAAUGGGUCAGUGGUGCCCCCUCAGUGCCCCCAGCUCAACCUGGCAUCACUGGCUAAAGGGAAGUUGGAGAUCGUAGGCACUGAGGACUGUCUGUAUAUCAAUAUCUACACGCCGAAGCUGUCGGGUUCCGACCUUCCUGUAAUGAUGUUCAUCCACGGAGGGGCCUUCCAGGUAGGGAGCGUCAGGGACACCUCCCCCGCCCCCCUGCUCGAGGAGGAGAGUGUCGUGGUCGUCACCUUCCAUUACCGACUUGGCACCUUAGGCUUUCUCUCCACCGAGGAUUCAGUAUUGCCCGGGAACCUGGGUCUCAAGGACCAGACGUUGGCCCUCCUGUGGGUGAAGAACAACAUCCGGGCCUUCGGGGGCGACCCCGGCAGAGUCACACUCUUCGGUCCAAACGCUGGAGGGGUGUCCGCUCACUUGCAGACAAUUGUUCCCAGCGCGGCAGACCUCGUCUCCGGAGGAAUCCUCCAGUCUGGCACUGCCCUCAGCCCGUGGGCAUUCCGGAAGGACCACCGCCGCGUGGCUGCAGAGGUCGCGAAACUGCUGAACUGCAGUGGCACUGCCACUGAUGCCAACAGUGACCUGGACAGCGCGGCACUGCUUCGUUGUCUGCAGGAAACCAAGCUGGAGAGGCUCGUCGUUUUGCCGAAGAAUUUCAUCGAGUGGUCUAACGAGCCCAUCCUGAUGGUCCCCCGAGUGGACGGAGAGUACAUCCCUGACAACCCUGCUACCCUGCUCAAGCAAAACUUGACCAAUAAGGCCAACCUCAUCACUGGCAUAAAUGCCCACGAUGGCGCUAUUACUAGUUUAUUUGUAUAUCACCGCGACGACCUCAGGCAAGCCUUGAUAGAGAACUUCACCAGGAUCGGACCUUUGGUGCUGAACUUUCGGGACGGCGAUGAAAACCCCGAAUACUUGGCCCGCAGAGCCUUUCACCAUUACCUGGGCGACUUCACGAUCACACCGGCCAAAGCUGAUGCUUUGACGAAGUUAUUCACCGACCGGCUGUUUAGCACCAGCAGCGACCGAGUAGCGCUCUUGCAAGCAGGCAGUGCUUCUACAGAUGUACACAAAGUGUACACUUACGAGCUACGCCACCUUGGGCAGUACAAGUACCUGCCGACAUUCGGCGCCCGCCUGGCCGAGAAAUGGAUAACUUACGGAGACGAACUCCAGUACCUGUUCGACAGCGUGAGUGGAAGGAUGCCUUUGGAACGACCUGCUGACCUCAUGCUUCGUCACAUCAUGGUCAAACUUUGGACGAACUUUGCUGCCACUGGAAAUCCCACUCCAGACCAGUCGCUCGGUUUCCGCUGGAGCCCAGCAACGAAGGACAGCCUGAGACAUCUGAUCCUGAAGCCAGAUGCGUCCAUGGGCGAUGACGAGAGGGUCAAGAUCCGAGCCUUCUGGGACGAGCUUCCCACCGUCCAGAAUAAAAUCCUGUUUCCCGAAAAAUUUCACCCCGGUUCCUCGCCACAACCUGUGGAGCCCUUUGGAUCCUGUUUGGAAGGGAGGUAAAACUGCAGCUGGAGCUCAAAAUGCGCUCUUGCACGAUAAAAUAAUAAUCUUUUACUCAUAAUGAAUCUAAAGUAGCUUAUAAAAUUUCAACUUGGAAAUAGUACUUUUCUUUUUAUUCUAAUUGUCUCAAAACUUUCUUGUAGAAUAGUUCUUGGGAAGGCUUUCUUGGAUAUUAGCGUCUUAAAUAUGUUGCAGAAUUUCAUGGCAAUGAAAUUUUGUAUGAUAAAGCAGUCUUUGUCUCUUAAUACCAUCGAAAAUAUCUUGUAGAACUGCACCUGGGAAGACUGUCGUGCAGUAGUAUAUAGCUACUAUUAUCUCAAAGUUAUUUUCUAGAAUUACAUACUUACAGAAAGAAAUAAAUUCUUAAAGACACAUGGAAAGAUAUAGUCUUGGAUUAGUAAUACCUCCAAUAAAUUAACUUCUAGACUUACCUUUGAUGUAUACAAGUUCUUAAUCUUUAGUAUUCAUAGUAGUUCAACAGUAGCUUUAUAUGGUUUGUAUGCUUGGUACAUGCCGAUGGACGAUUCCGUUGUUUAAAGUUUACAGAUAUCUGUCCUUGCAAGUGCUUGACUUUUCAUUUCCUCCAUAGAAUAGUAGUGGUGCUUAGGAACAAGCCAUGUGAUUACUUUUAAAUAUAUUUCAGUAUCUGAGA